GCGGGGUCACGUGACACGGGGAGGUGCCAGGGGCGGCUGGUCCUCUAGCUGAGAGGCAUCGGCGCAAAGUGAGGCGGGCUGUCCAGCGUGAGGGUUCCGGGGUCCGGGCUUCGCAUGCCCGCGUCGCCCGCUCAAGCUCGCGGUCCUGGGCGCUGCGGGAAAGGAAUAAUGCUGUCAGCAUGUCUGCACACUCCAUGCUCUGCGAACGAAUCGCCAUGGCCAAGGAGCUGAUCAAGAGAGCAGAGUCACUUUCUCGAUCAAGGAAAGGUGGCAUAGAAGGUGGUGCAAAGCUGUGCAGCAAAUUGAAGGCAGAAUUAAAAUUUUUACAGAAAGUAGAAGCUGGGAAAGUAGCUAUUAAAGAAUCUCAUUUGAAAAGCACGAAUCUAACACAUUUGAGAGCCAUCGUGGAAUCUGCAGAAAACCUGGAAGAAGUUGUUAGUGUUCUUCAUGUCUUUGGUUACACAGAUACCUUGGGAGAAAAGCAGACCCUUGUGGUGGAUGUCGUUGCAAAUGGUGGCCAUACUUGGGUGAAGGCCAUUGGCCGGAAGGCUGAAGCACUGCAUAACAUCUGGCUGGGCAGGGGCCAGUAUGGUGAUAAAAGCGUCAUUGAGCAGGCUGAAGACUUUCUCCAGGCCAGUUACCAGCAGCCCGUGCAGUAUAGCAAUCCCCACAUCAUCUUUGCAUUUUACAACAGUGUCUCCAGCCCCAUGGCAGAGAAGCUGAAAGAAAUGGGUAUAUCUGUGAGGGGAGACAUAGUGGCGGUGAACUCUCUGCCAGAUCACCCUGAAGAGCUACAGCUGAGUGAGAGUGAAUCCGAUGAUGAGGGCCUGGAACUUUUGCAGGUGACCAGAGUAGACCGAGAAAAUAUCCUAGCAAGUGUUGCAUUUCCAACAGAGAUAAAGGUUGAUGUGUGCAAAAGAGUCAAUCUGGACAUUACUACCUUAAUCACCUAUGUGUCUGCUCUUAGCUAUGGAGGUUGCCACUUUAUCUUCAAAGAAAAAGUACUCACAGAACAAGCAGAGCAAGAGAGGAAAGAGCAGGUUCUACCUCAGCUAGAGGCAUUCAUGAAGGACAAGGAGUUGUUUGCUUGUGAAUCUGCUGUCAAGGAUUUUCAGUCUAUUCUAGAUACAUUAGGAGGACCUGGGGAGAGAGAGAGGGCUGCUGUGCUAAUUAAGCGAAUCAGUGUAGUACCAGACCAGCCUUCUGAGCGUGCCUUGAGACUAGUGGCUAGUUCAAAAAUUAACAGCCGUUCAUUAACUAUUUUUGGGACAGGAGACACCUUAAAAGCCAUCACGAUGACUGCCAAUAGUGGUUUCGUUAGAGCUGCAAACAAUCAAGGUGUUAAAUUUAGUGUGUUUAUCCAUCAGCCUAGAGCACUUACAGAAAGUAAAGAGAUGCUAGCCACCCCCUUACCGAAAGACUACACAAAUGACAGUGAACGUUAGUGAUGUUCUUUAAAAUUUGUCAUGGAAAUAAGUUAUUUAUACCAAAGGCUGGGUCUUCCCGUAUAAAUUGUGAGAAUAAGGUCGAUAGCCUUUAUGUGUGACAUCUAUAUUUAAAAUAUACAAUCUAAAGUAGAUAAAGCACAAGAGAUAACCUUAUUUAUCAAACUGUCCACAUUACAGUAAUUAUAUGUAUAAGAGUUUUAGGUGUCUCAUAAUACUUCUAUUUGAUUCAGUAGGGCUGCAUUCUUCCUGUUGCUAAUCACAUUUCAUGGAAUAUGGCUACACUGCAUCUUGUGUUCAUUAAAUCUUUGCAGAAAUCUCUGAA